AUUCUUAAAAUCUUCAAACAUGUUGUCUUCGAUUUGGGAAGAAAUUCCCAAAAAUUGCAGAGACCGGAAUGGGGUAUGGGGAAUGCUGAGAUUUUUUAGAGGUUUUAUAAUUUUUUUUCUAGAUUAAAAAAUAAAAUUUCUUCAGGGAUUGAUAGACAGAAAUAGACGGAUAACGUAUAUAUAGGCGCGAUGGUAGAAGAGAAGAAGAAGAAGAAAAGUGAGAGGAGGAGAUGGGGAUGGGCGGCAAUCGGGGCGGUGGUGGCGGCGGCGUUAGCGGUGGGGGUUUUGCGUGCCCGGAAUUACAACAUUUACAAGCAUUGUACCUGUGCUCAGGAUUCUCGAAAAUAUACAGGGAUCGUUGAAGGUUGCUGUUGUGAUUAUGAAACAGUUGACAGUCUUAAUGCAGACGUCCUGCAUGCUCUACUCCAAGAGCUUGUUACAACUCCAUUCUUUCGAUAUUUUAAGGUGAAACUAUGGUGUGACUGCCCGUUUUGGCCUGAUGAUGGUAUGUGCAAGCUGCGUGAUUGCAGUGUGUGUGAAUGUCCUGAAACUGAAUUUCCCGAAUCUUUUAAGAAACGCGUGCUUCCUUUUGAUGAUCUAAAAUGUCAAGAGGGAAAACCACAAGCUGCUGUUGAUCGCACUUUAGACUCCAAGGCUUUCAGGGGCUGGGUGGAAGUAGAUAACCCUUGGACACAAGAUGAUGAGACUGAUAAUGGUGAAAUGACGUAUGUCAAUCUCCUAUUGAACCCUGAGCGCUACACCGGCUAUACUGGACCCUCAGCUAGGAGGAUAUGGGAUGCAGUUUAUUCAGAUAAUUGUAAAUAUGCACCCGGGGAGAUUUGCCAGGAGAAAAAAGUGCUGUACAAGCUCAUAUCCGGUCUUCACUCCUCUAUCUCGAUACACAUAGCUGCUGAUUACCUACUCGAUGAAACUAAAAACCUGUGGGGUAAAAAUCUGGAAUUGAUGUAUGAUCGUGUUCUGCAAUAUCCUGACCGUGUCAGAAACCUGUAUUUUACUUUCCUCUUUGUUCUCAGAGCUGUGACAAAAGCAACAGAUUACUUGGAGCAGGCCGAGUAUGACACAGGUAACGAGGUGGAGGACCUGAAAACGCAGUCCUUAGUGCGCCAACUAGUUUACAAUCCUAAGCUCCAAACGGCUUGUCCAGUUCCAUUUGACGAAGCUAAACUGUGGAAAGGCCAGGGCAGGCCUGAGCUGAAGCAACAGAUUCAAAAACAAUUCAGGAAUAUCAGUGCUCUAAUGGACUGUGUAGGAUGUGAGAAAUGCCGGCUCUGGGGAAAGCUUCAAGUUUUAGGUCUUGGAACUGCCUUGAAGAUCCUCUUCUCGGUCGAUGGUCAGAUGCACCCAAUGCAACCCCUGCAGUUGCAAAGAAAUGAAGUCAUUGCUCUGAUGAACCUGCUGAAUCGCCUUUCAGAAUCGAUCAGUUUUGUGCGUGAAAUGAGUCCUGACGUCGAGAAAGUGAUGGAGGGGCUCGUUCCCGACCACCUUAGCUCAGUAAUUAGCUCAUGGAGAAGAAUGGUGGAUGCCAUAGUGGGGCUUUGGUUAAGGAGUUCCCCAUUAUGAUCUGCCAAAGUUGAGUAGAUUUCAGUACCCAUUUUGAAAUCAAGGGUGCAAAGCAUUAACACAGCUGAACAUAUACAUAUGUUAAUCAGAGGGUGAUGAGGAUGCCUAAUUACUGUCGAACAAUCACACUUUAAAAAAAAAAGAGUCAAAUAUACACAUGAACUUUA